AUGGACGAUUCGCCGGCGAAUACGGGCAACUUCACCGGCCCGUGGAAAACCACUCGAACGGAGAAACGGUGUAGCGAAAGAUGGUCAGCAGAGCAUGAGGGCGAAGAGCCCGUUCCCCCCAUGCCGUACUGGAAGUGGGAGCCUUCGGCGUGCCGGCUGGAGGAGGCGGACAAAGCCAAGUUCUGCCGCGUCAUGGAGGGAAGGAAGGGGUUGCUCUUCGCGGAUGAUGCUACCUUGAGCCAGUUCGACACCCUCGUCGUGAACGCUGGGGCACACCGUCGAUCGGGGGGGAUGAAGGCGUACGGGUUGAUGAUGAAGAGCGCUAGCGAGAGCCUGACCUCGUCGAUGAGACGGUUACACGGGGAUAACGCCAUCUUGGUGGUCAGGAACACCGUCCCGGGUCACGGCGAGAGCUUCGAUAGAAUGUUCGGCGGACCUGUUGAUUUAGACACGGCCCUCGACCUCGUCGCGAAAGGACCGCCGAUGUACAAGUGGACCACGUUUGGGGAUAGAAACAAGCUCCUGGAGGAAGCUUUCGAGGCCACGCAUGGCGGCUGGACAUUGCUGGAUGCCUACUCGCCGACAAUACUGCGAGCAGACUUCCACGCCUCGGAAGAAGACGGCCUGCACUACUGCUUGCCUGGGCCUAUUGACCACUGGGUGGUCCUGUUGUACAAUAUCCUCCUCGAGAAAGUGAAAAGUGACAGACGAGAGUAG